AUGGCGACAGACCGCAAUAUCCCGUCGCUGCACGGCGAAACCACUAUUUCUACACUUCUACCGACCUCACCGACUCAUACGAACUCCGCUAGAUCGAACUCAGACGCAAAAGCGAGUACUAUACAGUCACCCACCGAAACAUAUUAUGAUGCGACAAAAGUGUUCACGGGUUCGGACGGGCCUGAGAAAUGGGAGGCCGAGGAAUCAGUACCUUUCCAACAGGUUAAUCUUGUCACAGCACUUGCUCAUUGCAAACCGAAUCCAUGGACGCCGACGAUGUUUAAAUUGUAUAUGUACAUGUUUGUGGCAUGUCUGAACUCGGCGAUUAAUGGGUAUGAUGGGAGUUUGAUGGGCGGGAUUAAUGCUAUGACACAGUAUCAUGAUUAUUUUGACGUCCAGAAGGAAGGCCAUAUUGCUGGAUUGAUCUUUGCAACAUACACAUUGGGCAAUGUUAUAGGAUCUUUCUUCUCGGGCCCGUUCUCAGACAAAUACGGAAGGAGAUGGGGCAUGUUCAUCGGAGCGUCAAUAAUAUUACUAGGUGCCGGAGUUCAAGCCAGUUCUACCAGUCGCGCUAUGUUUGUUGGAGGCCGGUUCGUUCUAGGCUUUGGAGUAGCGACCUGUCAGACUGCUGGUCCUUCUUAUGCCGCUGAGAUCGCCCAUCCCGCGUGGAGAGGGACUCUUACUGGUAUCUACAAUGGAUUCUUCUACCUCGGUGCUAUUCCCGCCUUCUGGACACUCUAUGGCACAGAAGUCAUCCAAGGAACUGCGUCCUGGAGAAUCCCGAUCUGGCUACAAACCGUCGCAUCUGGUGGAGUACUCGUCGGCUGUCUUUUCUGCCCUGAAACUCCACGUUGGUUAUUCGCCAAUGGUAGACCGGCCGAGGCUCGAUCCGUUCUCGCUAAAUAUCAUGGUGAAGGAAAUCGUGAUUCACCGGUUGUUAUUCUGGAAAUGUACGAAAUGAUGGAAGAAAUCGAAAUGUCUGGCGCCGACAAACGAUGGUGGGAUUAUCGAGAUCUCUUUAGGACUAAGAAUGCAUGGUGGAGAAUGGGCUGCGUACUCGGAAUGGGUAUCUUCGGUCAGUGGUCUGGCAAUGCUGCCCUCUCCUACUUCAUGCCCAUCCUGCUCGGCGAACUCGGCAUAAAAUCCGAACGCACCCAACUUCUCUGCUCCGCAAUUUGGGCCAUGGCAAACUGGGUAGCCGCAAUGGUAGGCGCCCGUUUCACCGACCGCAUCGGCCGUCGAAAACUUCUUCUCACCGUAACAUCUUCCUUCGUAUUCUGGUGGACCCUAAUCAUCAUCAUGCACAACUUCCGAUCGAAGUACCCCGAAGACACCGAAAAACACAAGAUAUUUAGCAUUGCGGCCAUUUCAUUCAUGUAUGUGUUCGGAGUUACAUAUUCAUUUGGGUACACGCCGCUGCAGAUACUGUAUCCCGUCGAAUGUUUGCAGUAUGAGACUAGGGCGAAGGGGAUGGCGAUGUAUAAUCUUAGCGUGAACUUGAGUUUAUUGCUGAGUAUGUAUACAACCCCUGUGGCGUUGGCAAAGAUUGGGUUCAAGUUGUUUUAUCUGUAUAUUGGAUGGGACUGUCUCGAGGUUCUGUUCAUAUACACAUUUUUCGUUGAAACAAAAGAACUCACUCUCGAAGAAAUCAACGAAAUCUUCGAGGCGCCAAAUCCCAAGAAGAAAUCACUAGAACCACGAAUCGUCGUUCAAAAUCCCAACUUUGACGACAUAAACUGGCAAGACCUGAAAGAUGAACAGGAUGCCAGGUAUACCAUGAGUCCCUAA